GCGUUGCCAUGGCGAAGCCGCUGCCGUACGCGGUGCGCUACUCUGAGGGAGGCGGGCGGUCCGCGGGGGUGCCCGGUGCGGCCAUGGCCUUGCCGGGGCACAGGCCGGAGCUGUACCGCUGGCGACGCCUUACUGCCAACCCCAGAGCGAAGAGAGCAGACCAAGCCUCUGAGCAUGCUGCCUUGGAAGCUUUUUCCCUUCUAAAGUCGAAGCAUCCAGAAGGACCUUGUGGUCCUGUGACCAGUUUGGAAGCCAUGGAACAGCUGCAAGAUCAUGAUGAGGCCUAUGAGGAAGCCCAAGAGCUGCUCAGUAAAUGGAUGGAGUCCAAACUGCAGUUGGACCUGAAGAAUGAUGGAGAGAGGGAAUUUGACACUCUCCUCCUGGAAGAACCUCCUGCAGCCCCUCCAAAGUAUGAGCAGUUUGAUGACUUGUGCAGGUAUCUGGAGUGUGAAUUGGAAAGUUCUUCUGUCCAAGAGUACCUAGAGCAACUUUUGCAGAGUGAAACUCUGAACUGUGGAAUAGUGGAAGACCUUAGAUUUGAAGACAUCAAGGAAGAAGAAAAACUGAUAGAUCCACGAAUAAUCAUGGAGCUCAGACACAAGCAGGUGAAAGAAAACCGAAUGAGGCAUCAGAAAGCAUUAGAGCUUCAGAGAAAAGAAAAGUCCCUGAAGAAAUCACUUCUGGCUGAGGCUAAGCUCCAAGUACAGGAGGAAAACAGAAGGAAGGCCCUGAAGGCCAAGAGAGAGGAGGAAGAGAUCCACAAGGAAAUGGUGAAGCUGCGGAAGGAAAUGGCUGAGAAGAGGCACACCACACAAGGGGCAUGGAGAAUGGAGAAGACACGAGAAAAAAGUCAGAAGCUGUCACCACCCCUCACCCUGAAGAAAGAAGAGCAAGGAGAGGAGAAACGGAGAAAAGCUCAGGAGCUGCUGCACAGGAUUCACAUCAAUAAGCAGAGAUGUAUGCAACGACAUUUCUCUGCUUGGCUGAAAGUCAUUCUGGAGCACAGAAUUAAAAUGGGAAAAGCCAAAGCCUUUGCUGACUGGAAAUGCAAACUGAGGGCCCUGCAAGCCUGGAGAAACUACACCUGGGCCCAGAAAGUAGAACAGGAGAUACAGGAAUUGGAAAUUCAUCUCCAAGAUCAAAACAGGAAAACCCAGCUGGCUGUGGAGCACAACCGGCGACGGCUUCUGCGCUGGUGCCUUCUGGCCUGGCAGCACUGGAGCCAAGCAGAGAAAGAUGAGCUGCAGAGCAAGAGGGAGAAGACAAACAGAAACGUGGACCAGCUGCUGGAGGCAGUGUCAUUGGGGAGGGGUGGUCUAGACAGGCCACCAGAGGUUAACACACCUGGGACAGCAGAAGUAAACCAUCAGGAUUUGCAGCAGGACAAGCCAACUGAAACUUGCUGCAUUCAGAAAGAACUUGACCAGACGAGAGAGCAGUCUUGCUGGGAUGAUGCUCACACAUCUCAUUGCUACAGAAAACCCAAAUUUGCUUGGAAGAUUACCCUAAAACGUGUAGCCCCGGGUGCCCAGGACCAGGCUGUGUACAGGACUCAAGUAGCCACUCUCCCCCAGCAGUUUCAAGCACCUGGUCCAAAGGCAGCUCCUGCUUAUGGAAGCUGUUUUGAGCAUCAUCAUGCCUUCCAGCAACAUCUGAUUGAAGAGCAGAGGCAGCAUCUUCAGAAAGAGCAAGAGCUGAUCCUUGAACUGCAGGAAAAUCACAGGCUGAGCGGAACUAAAGCAGCAGCAGCACAAGCCACAGCUGUAACCCAGCCCCUAAACAACUCUGCUUCACAAACCAUGGGGGAAAACCAAGCCAGGUGCAAGAACACAACCAAUGUGAAUCCUUCACCAUCUCAUGGACCACAAAACACAAGGGCAGCGAUGCAAGGCAGGAAGCCCUCCAGCCAGCUAGCCUCUGUGGAUCCCAUACUGAAAGCUAUGGAGGAGAGAGCAGCUCAACGAGCAGAAAGGAGAAGGAAACUAGAAGAGGCCAAACAACGAAAAGAAGAAGAAAAAUUAGCUCAGCUGAAGGCUGAAGAGGAAGCACGACAGAAGAAGGAAGCUGAGGAAAAGAAAGCUCAGCAGGAAAAACGACAAGAAGAGAGAAGGCAGCAGAAGCUGAGACAGCUGGAGAAGCAAAGGAGGCUGGAGAAGGAACAGCAGCUCCAGAAAAAGGCCAGAGAUCACUAUGAGAAGGUUUUGCUCAGGAAGCUGGGAAUGGUGCCAUGGAAAAAGCUAAGAGAGCAAGCCAAGGAAAACUUGGUGGUGGCACAAAGGCACCACUGCUUGGGCCUGCAGAGGAAAUGCCUGAUGGCUUGGCUCCAGGACACCCAGGAGAGCCUCAUGAAGAAGAUGUCUUGGGCUGAGGACUUCUAUUCCCGUUCAUUGCUAAGACAGGGCUUCAGGAGCUGGCUAAAGUACAAAGAUUAUCUCUCAACUCUGGAGGAGAAAGUCAGUACCCUCCAUGCUGGUUACCUCAUGAGGAAGUACUUCUGGGCAUGGUUUCAUAUGGUCAUGGAGGAAAAAACUACCUUAUGGGAGAAGCUGAAGAUUGCUACUGAACACAGUAACAAGAAACUCAUGCUGAAUGCACUGAAGGCGUGGAGGCAGUACCCAUUACUGAUGAAAAAGGAAAAAGAAAGAGAGGAGAGGAAAAACCAGCUACGUAGGAGAGUAGCUGAAAUUCUCCCCAAUUUCCAAACAUGACAGAAGAGAGUCAAAGGAAACUGGGAAAGCAGAAGAGACUGACCCUGUCCAGUGCUGUUUUCCUACUAAUAGACAGAAAUUCAAGGGGAGGUCCUGUCCAGUGCAAGGGAUUUUGCAACCAAAGGAAACUCCCUGGGGUCACUGCUGUUUUAAACUAAGCAUGUAGGGACUUUUUCUAUUUCAUUUUGCACUUCAGCAGGUCAGCCCCUGCAGGGUCCUCCUAACGUGAGGCAUGUCUUAGCUGGUGGCAGUGAGACCUAGGUAACUGAAGCCUAGCACAGGGUAUGCUUCAAGGCCAAUACCAUUUCCAUGUGCAGAGCUGUAGCACUUACACAAAUCCUUCUCUUUCACAGAAAGCACACAACUGGGCUACUCCCAUUUUUCCUUAAGGAGCAACCUGGUGCUUUUGUGUUGCCAGUACUCUGUAGGGCAACACAGUUUGACCAGAGAGAGAACAGACCUGACUGUCAGCUGACUGCUAACCACUGCUGUGAACUUGGCCACCCAGAGAUUAGCUUCUAGCUAAUUAUGCCAGGAAAGUUUGGAUGGAAGGAGGAAAGAGCUAUUUAGACAAAUCAUAUUUACUAAUUAUCUAGAUCACAGCAUCACAUAUGGACCAUCUAAAACCUGGAUUCUCUUUCAAGGGACUGUCUAGCUUGCUGCACAACAGGCCAGCUCACAAGCAUAGUGCUUUGAUUUUGCUGUCAAAGAGUGAUUCUGCUUAUAAACCUCUAUCUUCUUGUCAUUUAAACAUUUCCCAAGCUGUUUAAGUGUAGUGUUUAAGGAUGUAUUGUACAAGUGUGUCUGGGCCUUUUCACUUGCUACAGCACUUCAAAAGAAAGCACCAACAAUGCAAGAGAAAGGCAAGCUGCAUUUUUAUAUAAGCUACAGCUGGCACGACUAAAAUGAGAGUUUCUUAUUGCUGUUUAACCUUACCCUACCUGCAUUAUGCUGCAGGUAAAUGCUGUUAAGGUACAGUGUGUCUUGUCUUAGCAACAGCAUAAGGCAAGAAUCUGGAAUCACUUCCCCCUCACAAGAAGACAAGCAAAGUUCUCUCCAAAAGCAUUUGGCACUUAGAACACUUGGAUAACAUCAGGAAGAAGACAGUUUACUGUUAUCCACUGCAUCAACUAACUUUUAAACCUGUACAUGUACUGAAAGCUUCCAAUAAACCCAAACCUGAAAUGAACACAAA